AACAUUACCUUUUUUAGUAGUAACCGCUUGGAACAAAAUACAGCACAUUCUCAACAAUGAUCAGAGUCUCCUGCGUUGUCGUGCUCCUAGCAGUCUGUAUGCUAGCAUGCGCUCGCGUACUUGUUCCGCCUGGCUUCCUCCAAGACAUCAAUCGGUUCGUUGGCACACUCUGCGCACAUGGACACUAUCCACGUACCUGUACGGGGCCAGUUUGAGCUAAUUACAAACAGCUUUUCGAACUCCCUUUCGGGAGAUGGUGUCCAGAGUGAUGACCCGAAUCGGUCUCAAGUAACCCCUCCCAAACCUGACAUUUCGAUGAGGGCCGGGGGCUUGGAACCGCCCAUCGCUGCCAAUAUGUUAUCGGCGAGGGGUUGGGAUUCUCCAGACUUUCAGCAACUGGCGCAGUCUACUACGGAGUCCGACGAGCAACAGGGGGAAAAGGAGAAGAAGAAGAAGGAGGAGGAGGAGGAGGAGAAAAAGAAAAAGAAAAAGAAGAAGAAGAAGAAGAAGAAGAAGAAGAAGAAGGUGAACAAGGGGGGUGUUGGCGGUAGUGGCGCCUGUAGGGGUAGCGGCGUAGGUAAUAAUUGUACUGACAGUGGUGGUGUUGGCGGUGGUGUUGGCGGAGGUGGUGUUGGUGGUGGUGGCGGAGGUGUUGGUGGUGAUGUUGGUGGUGAUGUUGGUGGUGGCGGCGAUGUUGGUGGUGUUGGCGGUAGUGUUGGCGGAGGUGGUGUUGGUGGUGGAACCGGAGGUGUUGGUGGUGGAACCGGAGGUGUUGGUGGUGGAACCGGAGGUGUUAGUGGGGAUGCCGGCGGCGGUGCCGGCGGCGGUCCCGGCAGCACUUCCUGCGGUGUGGCCGGCGCCAGGAUCGGCAGGGCAUAAGCAGUAUGCUGGAUUAGGAAAGAUAAC